UAGGUCGAUCCCAACUCAAUCCUUUAUACCAAAGACUCAUUGUGAAAUAUUUUAAUAAGGAUCUUUCGUUAAAAUUGACGCUCUCAGUCGUCAAUAUGUCAAAAGUUAAUUUAUGAAUUGUCAACUGCCGACGUCAAAAUAGCGGUCAGCGAAAUUGUUUAUAAAUCUCUAUAAUCAUAAUUCAUACAAUCAUAUUAGUUCUUGUAAAACGUGCGUAAAACUAUGGCGUCUACUAGUGCCGAUUCCCAAUCUACAAUAGCUCAAAAAACAUGGGCAUUGGCCAAUAAUAUUGAAACUGUAUCGAGCGUUGACGAAAUAUAUCGAUAUGAUAAAAAACAACAACAAGAUAUUUUGGCAGCUAAACCAUGGGAAAAAGACCCACAUUUCUUCAAAGAUAUAAAGAUAUCGGCUUUAGCAUUAUUGAAGAUGGUUAUGCAUGCUCGGUCUGGUGGUACAUUAGAAGUCAUGGGUUUAUUACUUGGUAAAGUAGAUGCUAAUACAAUGUUAGUGAUGGACUCAUUUGCAUUGCCAGUAGAAGGGACUGAGACCAGAGUAAAUGCUCAAGCUCAAGCCUAUGAAUAUAUGACUGCCUAUAUUGAAGCUGCAAAACAGGUUGGAAGACAUGAGAAUGCUAUUGGCUGGUAUCAUAGUCAUCCUGGCUAUGGCUGUUGGCUGUCUGGUAUUGAUGUCUCUACUCAAAUGUUAAACCAGAACUUCCAAGAACCAUUUGUUGCCAUUGUAAUUGACCCAGUUAGAACUAUUUCCGCAGGAAAAGUAUGUCUUGGUGCUUUCAGGACCUAUCCCAAGGGUUACAAACCAGCCAAUGAAGAGCCAUCGGAGUACCAAACUAUUCCUUUGAACAAAAUAGAAGAUUUUGGUGUUCAUUGUAAACAGUAUUACUCUCUUGAAGUGUCAUACUUCAAGUCUUCAUUAGACAGAAGACUCUUGGACUCUUUAUGGAAUAAGUACUGGGUGAAUACUCUAAGUAGCUCAAGCCUAAUCACAAAUUCAGAAUACACUACUGGUCAGAUAUUUGAUUUGUCUGAUAAGUUAGAACAGAGUGAAGUUAGUUUAGGCCGUGGUGGUUUUAUAGUAGCAGGAGCUGAUCCUCACGAGAAAAGAACUGAAGAUAAACUAGGCAAAGCGACAAAGGAUGCUUGUAAAACAACCAUUGAAGUUAUACAUGGUCUGAUGGCACAGAUGAUCAAAGAUAGGCUAUUUAAUAGUGUUAGCGGAAAGCCUUCGUCUUCUGCUACUCCUAUGAUAGAAUAAGAAUUUCUGAGUUUUAAAAUUUAUCAUUUUGGCCUUCUUUCAAAAAUAUCCCAUGUUUGACAUAAUUGGUCUAAUUCAGAUCCAAAAUGUAAUUGCCGCCAUCAAGUAAUCUGUAAUGUAAACUAAAAUUAUAUCUUGUCUGUAUUAAA